AUGGUUGCCUGUGUAUCUACAACAAGCACUGUUCUGCAACAAUACAGGAAGCUUCCUUCUUCGGGUCCAAGGGAGCUCACGCAAUCUAUGGUUCGCUCCAUUGAAGAGGCGGACAAGCCAAUAAAGCAGGGAAAGAGUACCGAGACUCAGAAGGAGACGAAGGUUACUAAACCAACUAAGGGGCAAACCCCGAAGAAGCGAAAAUCUGACAAGGCUGCUUUGUCACAGCCUCAACCGAAGAAACUGAAAAAGCCUACUCGGAGACUCAUACUCCAAUCUUCAACUGAUUCAGAAUCAGAGUAUGUUCCUCCCAAACACAAAUCUGUUCCUCCUUCAGAAUCUAAAAGCAAAAGCUCUGAUGAUGAGGCUUCGAGUCGAGGGGCUCAUUCUAAAGCUCCAACCCCACCUGUUACAACCGAACCACCACUAACAACCGAACCUCCUGUCACUACCAAACCCUUAUCCCUUACCCCAUCCACUGACACCAUAGUUCUAGGCAUUGAGGACUUGGAAUUUGAUUCCACUUAUUUCAAUCCUUACCGUGUACAAAGUGAUGAAGACGGCGAUGAACCUGUUACCAAGCGUCAUCUCAAUGCAGUCAACGACAAACUCGAUCAACUGCUUUCCUCCUCUUCAUCUGGGAUUUAUUCUGAUGCUGCUUUAAAGGCUCUGUGGCAGCUCAGAAAAAUUUCUCAAACUGUCAAUGCUUCGGUUGAUAACCUUCAGCGUUCUCUUCAAGCUGAACGGUCCAAACUUGAAUAUGCUUGUCAAGCAAUCGAAGCCGCCAAUGCUACUCUACACGACAAAGUUAAUGAAGCUUCGGUAAGUAAAAGAGACAAGAAGAAGAAGAAAAUUGGGGAGGAUGACACUGAUAAUGAAGAAGAUGUUUAUGAAAAGAAUCCCGAAAACCCUUUUCAAAAGACAAAAUCUUCUGUUAAAGAGCUUGAAGAAAAGUUCAAGCAAUACACGGAUGAGCUAUUACAGAAGCAAAAGGAAAAGGAGCUCCUGGAAAAGAAGAUGUCCAUUUUUCCUGAAUGGAUUCUCGAUUCGCUCCAAAUGUGUGCUAUCGAUGAACCAAGUAUACUUUGGCUUGAGCUGUGA